AUGCCCCGGAAAGUCCAGAGAUCACUGAUUCAAGUGAUCUGUUUCUUGGUCGUCCUAUGCGUCAUCAUCUUUUUGAACCGGCCCCAGGGGACCACCAAGACCUUCUCAUGGGCCCGCAUUCGCUACAAAACUUCAUCCUCUAUCAUCCCUGAAGCCCGCGGCAUCUGCCCAGGUCUAGCAGGAUCGACCAAACCAGCUCUGGUCGUAUCACAUGUUGUAGCAGAUGGGGACACAUCCUGGCUCGACUCUCUAUCCCCUAACUAUCAUAUCUGCAUCUACAAUGUCGACGCCCCAGCAGACAAAUCCUCCAAGGUCCUGCAAGUCCCUGCAAACAGGGGCCACGAGGCAAUGGCCUAUCUGACCUUCCUCAUCGACAACUAUGCGGACAUCCCCGCCGCGGGAGCGGUUUUCGUUCAUGGCAAUCGCUUCGCGUGGCAUAACGAUCACCCCGAGUAUGACAAUGUCAAGCUCCUGCGGGCGCUGGAUGUUAAACGCGCCCUGCAACCAGUCGGGUAUCACAAUUUACGCUGUGAUUGGAGCGCCGGCACGUGUCCUGCGUCGGUUCCCGCGCAGGGUAGUCUCGAGAUGAGGCUCUCGUCGACGGUUUCGCCGUGGAGUGCGCGCGCUGCAUCGGAUCUGGCUCUUCCCAAGGCACUGCGCCAUAUUUUUGGUGAGGAGGCCGGCGAGGAGGUCGUGCAGCUUGCGCGAAAUGAUGCGGUGCGCGCGCAGUGCUGUGCCCAGUUUGUCGUUGCGCAGGAGCGCGUGUGGCAGCAUUCCAGGGAUGAGUACAUUGCGCUGCGACAGUGGUUGCUGGAUGGGAGUGAUGAUGGAGUUGCGAGGAAUCCUCAGGGUGGUUCGAAGGCUGCGCCUGGUGAUGAUCGGGUUGCCGGUAGGAUUGUCUCUUAUCUUUGGCAUAUUCUAUUUGCGCGACUAGGGGAGAACGGGAUUGAUCUCGAUGGCUUGAAUCGGGAUUCUUGUCCGAGCGCGGAAGACUGCUAUUGUCGGUUGUAUGGAAAAUGUACUUUGACCUGCAGGAAACCGGGCAGCUGUCAAGGGCAGUAUGUGGUGCCGAAGUAUUUCAAGCUUCCUGAGGAUUGGGAGCAGACGCAUCCAUGA